AUGAAGUCACAAUAACAAAGAAAUCUGAGAGCCAUAAAAAUGUUAUUUCUUCAAAUUCUUAAUUAUCUUAUUAAAAUAUUACUCAUCUCCGUAAAGUUUAUAAGAUCUUAAUCAUAAUAGUAAAAAUCAAAUUAAAGUAUUGAUGAAAUUGACAAGAAAGCUAAGUAAUUAUUGUUUUCUAAAAUGGCUAUUGUUAUAUAAAAGUAUUGGAAAGGAUAUAAAAUAAGGAAAGCUUAUUUGUAAACUAAAAUCUAUUUAAAAAAGUCAUAAAUUGAAUAAGCAAUUAUAGAAAGUAAAAGCAAAAGAAAUACAUAGAAAUAUUUUAUUUAAGAGGAGUAUGAAUGUAAUAUCAUAUAUAAUUAUAAAGAAAAAGUUAAAUCUGAUUGUUUAUAAAGAGAAUUUCGAUCAAAAUAUGAAUUUAAGAGUGGAUCUACUUAUGAAGGAGAAUGGAUAGGUGAUAAAAGAGAUGGAUAAGGAAUUUAAAUUUGGAUUGAUGGAGCCAAAUAUAUUGGUUAAUGGAAGAAUAAUUAAGCUUGUGGAUAAGGAACAUUCUAUCAUAUCGAUGGUGCUAUUUAUGAAGGAUAAUGGGAAAAUGAUAGAGCAAAUGGAUAUGGAAUAUAUAGAUAAUCAAAUGGUGUUGUAUACUCUGGAUAAUGGAAAAAUGAUUAUUAACAUGGAUAAGGUUAAGAGAAAUGUAUAUCAAUAUUCCUAAUAUAUUUUAGGGAUUGAUAAUUCUAUGUAUUAAGGAGAAUAUUAUUAAGGCAAAAAAUAGGGUUAAGGAAUUUAUAGAUGGCCAGAUGGAAGUUAUUUUGAAGGAGAGUGGUUUGAUAAUAAGAUCAAUGGUUAUGUAUAAAAAUAAUAGAAAUUAGGGAGUUUAUGUUUGGUCUGAUGGAAGAAAGUAUAAGGGAAUAUGGAAGGAUAAUAAGAUGCAUGGUUAUGGAGUAUAUUAAUGGUCAGAUGGUCGAUCUUAUCAUGGUGAAUAUUUAAAUGAUAAAAAACAUGGUAAAGGAAAGUACUUUUGGCCAGAUGGGAAAGUAUUUGAAGGAGAAUGGUAUGAAGGUAAAUAAAAUGGAAGAGGGAAAUAUUUAAUGACAGAUGGAAGAGUGAAAUAUGGAUAAUGGGAUAAAGGAAAAAGAAUAAAUCUUGAAGGGAAAUUUGAAUGA